CGCGCGGGCGCCGCCGGCGGCGAAGUGCUGACCCGGCCGUUGAUCUUCGCCGGCGACCGGCUGGUGCUGAACAUCUCCACCUCGGCGCUGGGGUGGCUGCGCGUGGAGGUCCGGGAUCGGGAGGGCCGCACGCUCGACGGGUUCGCGGAGGAUGACUGCCUCGAGGUGUUCGGCGACGACAUCGAGCAGGAAGUGCGCUGGCAGGGCGCCCCGGACCUGGGCCGC